UUUUACAUCGGAAUGGGGUUAAAAUGUUAUAAGGAGCACAAUUUGCAAUUGAAUUUGAGAAUUUGAGAAUUAAAAUAAAAUUGAAAAAAUCUUUGGUGCUUUUUGUUGACAGAAGCGGAAGAUCAAAUUCAAAUGUGAUACGAUUCUUGCUGAUGUUAAGAGAAAGGGUUUUAGACCCGAUUAGGGAGAAACAGCGCCAUUAGAUGGCGCUGUUCAAACGCAUUUUUUACCGGAAACCGCAGGAGCGACUUCUCGAGAUUACUGAACGUGUUUACGUAUUUGACUGUUGUUUCUCGACGGAUGUGUUUGAUGAAGAUGAGUACAAGUUGUAUCUGUGUAGGAUUGUGGCACAGCUACAUCAGAACUUCCCUGAAUCUUCUUUCAUGGUGGUUAAUUUCAAAGAAGGCGAUAAGCCAAGCCCAAUAUCAGACAUUUUAUCUCAGUAUGAGAUGACUGUUAUGGAUUACCCACGGCAAUACGAGGGAUGUCCAUUGUUGACACUUGAAAUGAUUCAUUACUACCUUCGAUCGAGUGAAAGCUGGUUGGCAUGUCAAGGACAACAAAAUGUGCUUUUGAUGCACUGUGAAAGAGGAGGAUGGCCAAUUCUUGCUUUCAUGCUUGCCAGUCUUUUGCUAUAUCGAAAACAGUACAGUGAUGAGCAGAAGACUCUCGAAAUGGUCUACAAGCAAGCUCCUAAGGCCCUUCUUCAGCUUCUGUCUCCUUUGAACCCUCAGCCUUCCCAGUUGAGGUAUCUCCAGUACAUUGCUAGAGCAAACCGGGGUUAUAAUUGGCGUUCGUCAGACACAGCUCUAUAUUUGGAUUGCCUGAUCCUUAGAGUUCUUCCAACUUUUGAAGGGGGAAAAGGGUGCAGACCAGUUAUACAAGUUUACGGACAGAGCUCAGAAAAACGGACUAAUAAAAGUUCCAAACUUCUUUAUUCAAAUUCAAUGAAAAAAUCCCAAGUUCGUCACUUCCAAAAGGAAGAAUGUGCACUGGUGAAACUAGAUAUUCAUUGCUACAUUCAAGGGGACGUUGUGCUUGAGUGCAUUCAUUUGAAUGAAGACUUGGUACGUGAAGAAAUGAUAUUUAGAGUCAUGUUUCACACAGCGUUUGUUCAAGGAAGUAUUUUGAUGCUUAACAGCAAUGAAAUUGAUACAUUGUGGGAUGCCAAGUAUCAAAUUCCAAAGGACUUCAGAGUUGAGGAGUUGAAUGCAUAUUCAUAUUUGUAUCAGGUGCUUUUUACGGACCUUAAUGACUUUAGUGAGGUAGAAAGUGUUUCAAAGGAGGAAUAUUUUGAGGUUCAAGAGAUCUUCAGCAUGGUCGAUGCAACGGAAGGAAAGGUGGAUGAUGAGAGUCCAAUGGUCCAUGACAACAAGCCAGCACAGAAAGAUAUGUUGAGGGAGGAUGUGUCGCAUAUGCUUGGAAAAUCAGAAGUGACGAGAGGUGAGGGUUAUAGAGAAGACUCCAUUUCCUUGAAGAAUUCAGAAUCAAAGGUGUUGGGGCAAAUGUUGGGGAAAAUAUUGGAAACUAGUGUUCUCAAACCUAACUUCGAGGAUGGAUUGCCAACUUUAGAGAAAAUGCCUGGGACGGGCUCUGAAUCAGCUCCAAGUUCUGUUAUGGUGAAGCUAAAUAGCCAACAAUUAGAAUCUCAGGAUUUUCUUGGAAAACAAUCUCAGCCAAGUGAUGUAUCCCAGCCAAUACCUCCUAGCAAAGGCUAUCAUCAUACUUCAUUGCCUGCACUACCUUCAGGUUUGCAGCAACCAGUUUCUAUACCACCAAGAACACUACCUUCACCAUCAUCCUCACCCUUGCUGCCACCUCCUCCUCCACCUUCACCAACAGCCUCCUCCUCGCCGCCACCUCCUCCUGCACCUCCACCAUCAUCCUCACCCUCGCCGCCACCUCCUCCUCCACCUCCACCAUCAUCCUCACCCUCGCCGCCACCUCUUCCACCUCCACCAUCAUCCUCACCCUCGCCGCCACCUCCGCCUCCGCCUCCACCUCGACCUCCACCUACACCUCUACCCAAAUUGUCUUUGUUGGUUUCAGAGUCUGUUAAGAAAAAUGCAAAAUCUAUACUACCCCCGCCGCAUCCUCUCAUGGCAGCUAUUGGAAAUGCUUUUUCUAAAAUGGCUCUCGUAGCACCACCUCCCCCUCAACCCAAUAGUGCAGAAAAUGUACAAAAUGUUGGAAUGGUUUCACAAACAGCUUUAACAUCUUCCCAUUUCUUGAAUAACCAGACUACUGCGCUAGUUUUUCCUCCACCACCAUGGAAGGUUGAGUCUUCUUCAGCUACCCAGACCGUACCACAUAUUCCACCUUCUCUUUCAACCCUCACCAAUGUUGGAUCUUCAAAAGGCACAUCAAAACUUAGUAAUAUUUGUCCUCCCCCACGUUCCACAUCAAAACCUUGCAAUUUUAGUCAUCCUCUUCCCUCCCCAUCAAAAGAGCGUCCUUUCCGUCCUCCCCCUCCCACCACACCAAUUCAAAUUGCUAUGGCUCUAGCAUUUGUCCAUGGACUGCGAUCAGCUUCCCAUUCUUCCCCAAGCCCUCCAUCUCUACCUUCCCUUACUCCACCUUCGGUUCUUCCUCCUCUUCCACCAAAACCCUCUCCUCCAUUGCACGAAAUAACAGCUCCACCUACAUCAUGUGGAACAUCACCCCCACCCCCACCACCUCCACCUACCCUCACAGAAUCACCACAUGGAGCUUCGCCGUCACUACCGCUCUCUACUGGCCAUGGGGCUUCAUCAUCCACACCACCCCCAAACCCACCUCCAGCACCACCUCUAACGUCCAAUGCUCCUCCACCCCCUCCUCCACCUCCAACGUCCGAUGCUGCUCCACCCCCUCCUCCACCUCCAACGUCCAAUGCUCCUACACCCCCUCCUCCACCUCCAACGUCCAAUGCUCCUCCUCCACUGCAUGGAGUGCCAUCUCCACCGCCUCCCUCACCUGGAGCACCACCUCCCUCAUCUGGAGCACCACCUCCACCACCACCUCCUGGUGGAGGAGCUCCUGGAGCACCACCUCCUGGAGGUCGAUUUCCUGGUCCUCCACCUCCACCUGGAGCUCCUGGCCCUCCACCUCCACCUGGAGCUCCUGGCCCUCCACCUCCACCAGCUGGAGCUCGUGGCGCUGGACCUCCCCCACCUCCACUAGGUGCCAAAGGAGCUGACAUGAGAAGAAGAGGGCGUGGACGUGCAGCAGCACCACGAAAAUCUAAUUUAAAGCCUUUACACUGGGUCAAGGUUACAAGGGCGAUACAAGGAAGCUUAUGGGAUGAAUUGCAAAAACAUGGAGAGCCUCAACAUGCCUCAGAAUUUGAUAUGUCGGAGCUUGAGACUCUUUUCUCUGCAGUUGUUCCUAAACCUGCUAAUAAAUCUGCAGCGCAAGCCAAGCCAGCUAGUACAAAAGCUGAAGUAAUCCACUUGGUUGACAUUAAGAGGGCUAAUAACACUGAAAUAAUGCUCACUAAAGUUAAGAUGCCUCUUCCUGAUAUGAUGGCUGCAGUGCUAGAAUUGGAUGAUACAGCAUUAGAUGCUGAUCAAGUGGAAAAUCUCAUAAAAUUUUGUCCGACUAAAGACGAAAUGGAACUGAUCAAGAAAUACACCGGUGACAAGGAUGCUCUAGGGAAGUGUGAACAGUUCUUUAUGGAGCUGAUGAAAGUGCCACGAGUAGAGGCAAAAUUAAACGUGUUCCUUUUCAAGAUUCAGUUCAACACUCAGAUUGUAGAAUUUAGAAAGAGCUUAAACAUUGUAAAUUCCGCAUGUGAUGAGAUUCGAAAUUCCCAAAAAUUCAAGGAGAUCAUGAAGAAAAUUCUGUAUCUGGGAAAUGCAUUGAACCAAGGAACUGCAAGGGGUUCUGCUGUUGGAUUUAAGUUGGAUAGUCUUCUAAAGCUCUCAGAUACACGUGCUUCUACUAGCAGGAUGACGUUAAUGCAUUACCUUUGCAAGGUCCUAGCUAACAAGACACCAGAACUUCUUGAGUUUCACCUGGAAUUUGUUAACCUUGAGGCCUCAACUAAGAUACAAUUAAAAUCUUUAGCAGAAGAAAUGCAAGCUAUAACUAAGGGAUUAGAUAAGGUUAGGCAGGAGCUGGCUGCCUCAGAAACCGAUGGUCCCGUGUCUGAAGUUUUCCGGAAGACAUUAAAGGAAUUUACUUCUGCAGCAGAAACAGAGGGAGCAUCCCUGCAAACUCUAUUUACUGUGGUGGGUAGAAAUGCAGAUGGACUUGUACACUAUUUUGGUGAGGAUCCUGCCCGAUGCCCAUUUGAGCAAGUUACCGCCACAAUCUUAAAAUUUGUGAAGUUGUUUCAAAAAUCACAUGAAGAGAAUUUGAAGCAGGAGGAAAUGGAUAAGAAAAAAGCUUUGAAGGAUGCUGAACAGGAGAAGGCCAAGUGAAUUAACCAUUUACAAAGAAGAUUGCAAAAUAGAGGAGGAUCAGGUUCUCUAUUCCCGCAAGGAAAUACUGCUUUUGAGGAACUCGAAUCGUUCUUCGAGCUGCAACCUUUAUCUCAAUGGCAGGAUAUGCCUCACCCUCUGUAUUGGUGCAUUUUCAAGCCUUCAGAGAUGUUGCAUACCGGGCAAGGGCCUUAUCCCAGAGGCUUUUGCAGGCCUUGA